UGCGCGGCGGCUGUAGCGGAAGAUGCUUCCCUGACAACCAACAGAGAGGCGAGAUGUUGGUGCUGAAGCUCGGCAUGGCCCGGAACGCCGGGGUCCUCCCUCUGGGGAAGCUGCUCCUCCUCUCCUCGGGCUGUCACCGGUGUCUGCAGCUUAGGAGGCGGCCCACCAGGAGCUCAGAGCAUCCUGGGGAUUUCUUCAGAAGAAAUUACUCUUCUGUUAUCCUUAAGAAGGAUGAUGGAAAGAAUCAAACCUGUGAGAGGGCUCAUCUGUUAGAGGUACUUGAAGCGAGAAUGCAACAACUUCAGGCCGACAAUGUGACUGAAAUGAAAUGUACAGAUGUACAAUUUGUGAACAGAAUAAAUAUAACUCAACUGGAAAAUCACACUGGGUCAAAGAAUCUCACUUUUCUGCCGGCCAGAGAGUUUGACAAAUCCCUUAACCCAGAUACAACAGCACUCAGAAAGGAAAGAACAGCUGAAAAGCAGCCGGGUAAAAAAGGUUGUGUCGAAAAAAUAUCUCCAAAAUCUGCCUUUGCUCCCAAAAAAUGGAUAGAAAAAUUAGAUAAAGAAAAACAUAACAAAACCAAAAGGCAGCUUAGUAUUGCGAAAAAAGCAAAAGAAUCUUCUCCAUAUUCCAAGAAUAAAGAUGUACACAACGCUAAGUCUAUGGAACCUGGCAGAAAAAGUACUUCAAAAGGCAGUUCUACAAAGAUUUCACAGAGAGCUAAAUCUUCUGCGUUAGGUACUUCACAAGCAGUUAAUGCAGACACAGAGGCUUGUACUUCCCUGGAAGCUAUUCUUGCUGAAGUGGAAGAUCUUGAACAACAUCUCAAUAACUGGGACCCUACAGCCAAGCUACUUGAAGAUGAUGAGGGAAAUAAAUAUGGUGACACCCAACGGAAUAUAUUAUCUUAUAUUGAGGCCUGUGCAUUUAACGAUGACUUGGACAGAGCUCAUCAAUGUGUCAUGUUCAAUCACCGUCUUCUUACUCGCCGGAAGCAGUUAAAUAUUAAGACUUACAGUACUUUAAUGCACAUGUGGGCUAAAAAGGGUUCAUUAGGUCAGAUUCGCAAUCUUUUCAGGCUGGUGGAGGAAGCAGGAUUGAAGCCCAAUUUGGAUUCUUAUGUGGCAGCACUGGAGUGUAUGGGACGCAUGGAAAAUUGCACAGCACAUGUGAUUGAAAGGUGUAUUCAACAGCUGGAGGAAAAUGGCUUCAGAAUUCAAGAUAUGUUUAAAACUUCUGUAUUCCAUAAAGAUGAAAGAGAAAUGGUAAUGAAAGCCAUUCAUGUUGUAAACCCCAAUUUCCAGCUCUUUUCUGAACCCGAAGCACAAGUCUGCCAGUCUCCAUUGGUGUCACAUUUUUAUUCAGAGGUUGGACCUAUCAAAUACCCCAAAUUGGAUCUCUGUUUUACAGAACUGAAGGAGAGAUUUGACAGACAACUAAAGAAGGAGCAAGCAAAUACUAUUGCUAUUGACUCUGUUGAAGUAACAAAGCCCAUUACAGAGAAGAUGAAAAGAAUGCGGAAACGUCUGGCAGAUUUACGUGCCAAGUGGCAAAAAUCUCUUCUGCGGGCAUUUCGUGAAUGCAAGUUUCAUUUGGCUGGCGAUGGAAAUUGUCCCUGGAAAAUGAACCUCUAUCCUUAUCUCUGCCUGCUGGAUGAUAAAGAGUAUGUGGACAUUAUGUUACAGUGUAUUCCCAGUAUCCCUCCAAAUGGAGAGGCAUUAGUGAUAAUUGGAAAGGAACUGGGCAACAGAGUCUACAACAAGUAUUCAGUACGAAAGAAGAUUAAAAAUGAGAUGGUGGACAAAAUAAGAGACAUUUAUCAUGCCUAUGCUGAACUGUUGGCAAAGGAUACCGAGCUAAACAACUUGCUGCCUCGUGAAUACAUGAUGCAUCUGGAAAGAAAGAUGAAUUCAGGUCCUUCACUAUUUAGUGAAGACUCUUCUUGGCCACAUGUUCUGGUUGUACAAUUGGGAACUCAUCUCGUGAAUCUGAUGGUUCGUGAAAUUAAAAUCCCUAUAAACACCCCAAACCAAACUCAUGAGAAAAGUCUUAUUCCUGCCUUGUACCAUAUGUAUAGCUUUCGCAGUAACAGACAGAUUGGUUUCAUCAAGCCACAUCCUAUACUAACUCAAAUCCUUUCAGAAGCUGCAGAGACAACUUUGAUCUUUGACUCCUCUGUCAUGCCAAUGGUGUGUCCUCCUAUCCCAUGGACUUCACCUAGGUUUGGUGCCUAUGUUCUGACUCCCACCAAACUGAUGCGAUGCAUAGAAGGAGCUGUACAGCACCAAUUGCUUUUGGAGAAGUGCAACAGCAGUGACUUGCACGCAGUAUUAGAUUCCCUCAGUCAACUUGGAAACUGUGCUUGGAAAGUGAACAAACCAAUACUUGAUUUAAUUAUCUCCAUUUUUAAUGACAAAGGAAGCGAGAAGCUGGAGAUUCCACCUCCGCUCUCUGAAGCUCCAGAUAUGCCCAAACAUGAACGAAAAUGCGACAUGAGUCCAGCAGCAAAAUCUUUAUUGAAAAGAAAAAUUGCUUGGGUUAGGAAAAGAUCAGCUGAAAUGCACAGCCUUCGAAUGGAUGCCCUUUAUAAACUUUCCAUUGCCAAUCAUAUCAGAGAUGAAAUAUUCUGGUUUCCUCACAACAUGGACUUUCGAGGAAGGACAUACCCUUGCCCACCAUACUUUAAUCACCUAGGCAGUGAUGUUACUCGUGCUGUAUUGUUAUUUGCAGAAGGAAAGCCAUUGGGAGAACAUGGGUUAAAUUGGUUGAAAAUUCAUCUUGUUAAUUUAACUGGGUUCAAAAAAUCGUGUUCCCUCAAAGAGAGACUUUCUUAUGCUGAUGAAGUAAUUGAUGAUAUCUUGGAUUCGGCAGAUAACCCUUUAACAGGGAGGAAGUGGUGGAUGAAUGCAGAUGAACCUUGGCAAGUUCUAGCCUGUUGCACAGAGAUAGCACAUGCUGUGAGGUCACCUGAUCCAACCAAGUACAUCUCUUAUUUCCCAGUCCACCAGGAUGGGUCUUGUAAUGGUUUGCAGCACUAUGCUGCUCUAGGACGUGAUGUAAUUGGUGCAGCCUCUGUGAACCUAAUGCCCUGUGAGGUACCACAGGAUGUCUACAAUGGAGUGGCACAGCAGGUUGAAGAAUUUAGAAAACAAGAUGCUGAAAGAGAUGUAAAAAUUGCUCAAAUCUUGGAAGGUUUCAUUAGUCGUAAAGUUGUGAAACAGACUGUGAUGACUGUGGUGUAUGGUGUGACACGGUUUGGUGGGCGUCUCCAGAUUGAAAAAAAGUUGAAGGAAAUAGAAGAUUUUCCAAAGGAACAUGUGUGGGAAGCUUCACACUACUUGGUGCAGCAAGUGUUUAACAGCUUAAAGGAGAUGUUUACUGGCACCAGGGAAAUUCAGGACUGGCUAACAGAAAGUGCCCGAGUAAUUGCACGAUCAGGAAGCUCGGUAGAGUGGGUGACCCCACUGGGUUUGCCAAUUGUACAACCAUACCACAGGACCAGAACUACAUUACUCAGAAGCAGUCUUCAGAAUUUUAAACUGCAGAUAAAUCAUGAUGCAACUCAGCGACCUGACACAGUCAAACAGAAGAAUGCUUUUCCACCAAAUUUCAUUCAUUCUCUUGAUUCAACUCAUAUGAUGCUAACCACACUCUAUUGUUACAGAGCAGGCAUAACAUUUGUCUCUGUCCACGACUGCUUCUGGACACACGCUCUGACAGUAGAUAUCAUGAACAAGAUUUGCCGUGAGCAGUUUGUAGCCCUACACAACCAGCCGAUUCUUCAAGAUCUUUCCAGGUUCCUGGUUAACAAAUAUCGCUAUAACAUCCCUUUCGACAGAAAACCUAAACGGCUUCAGGAGUACAAAAGAAUGCUGGAGGUGCUGUCCAAAGUUCUGAAGAGAGGUGAAUUUGAUCUAGAGAAGGUAAAAGAGUCCACUUAUUUCUUCAGCUGAAGAUAUAGAAUGCUGGGCUGGCCAUCUGAGAUUAUCCACCUUAAAUUGCCCUGUGGAAUUCCCCCAUUGGACCCUCACUGGGGAGAG